AUGAGAUCCUUCGAUAACUCCUUCUCGUCGGCUCCCGUUCUCACCUUCCACGCUCGCCAUCCCCAUCGAUCUCCCUUUAACAGCAUGAGGCCGUUCUCUAACAGCGGCUUCUCGUCAUCCGGAGCUCCAUCCUGGCCGAAUCUCGACUCUACACAACUUACGUCGCCGCCAGCUGCUGGUCGAAAGCGCUCUAGGGCUGAGGCUGCGCCCAACCUAGAGGGAGACAACGUCGCACCUCCACCUCCCGUCCUUGAGGCUGCACCGGAGAAUGAAGAGGACUGGGAAUAUGGCGAGGGCAUGACCAUCAUCAAGAAGGGAGGAAAGGAAUAUGUCGCCGACUCGACCAGUCAGACACAGGAUUGGGCCGAAGAGAGAGCGGCAGAAGAGAAGGCAAAGGCUGCUGCUGCCAUGGCCGCUGCAAUUGCAAACAGACCGGCCAUCAGAGCCACCAAGAGCAUGAGACUGAACUCGAGCGCAACGCCAGCGAUCCCCGAGGAGCCAACUUCUACCGACGGCGUCACCGUUGCGCCUGGAUCGCCGGAACGUCACAUUACUCCGGCUGUCGAUGACUUCACCCGACACCUGGGCAUCGGAUGGUCCGCAGUCAACAACUCAAGUCCCGAUGUCCAGGCGGCUGCGCGAGGAUGGGCGAAGUUCAUUGAGAACCACUUCCCGGUCACCAACGCCACGAUUCGACUCACGAGUAAGGGAUUGGCCAGCUAUCUCGUCGAGGCAAACGAGGGCUAUUUCUUAUUCGCGGAAGAUCUGAAGCAGGGCCGCCUGGUGAGCACAAGCUUGGACCAAACGUGGGUCAACCUCGGCAGUCCUGUCCCAAAAUUUGACAGUGACUUGGUGAUGGAGGCAGGGCACACCCCCAAGGAAUCUUCGCAGCCGAUGGUCGAUGAGACUAGAAUGACUGACGAUAAUAAAAUGGUCGCUCAGACCACCCUUCCCCUGCCUGCCGUCGGUACCGCCAAUGGCAUCAACGCAUCAAUCGUGGAUGGACACGUGAUGCAAGAAGCAUUAGUCAACGAGACGGCAACGACGGACGUGAAGGACGCGACUCGACUACCAGCUCAAAGUCUGGAGGUUGAGAUGGAUAUGAGCUAA